UAAGUGCUUACGUACGUUCCGAAAGGUAGAAGCUUUUCGUAUUGUGUCGUUCGAACGCGUUAUGGCAGCAGCAAUCAUGUUGGUUAGCAAUUUUGUAUUGAGGUUACACGUUUCUCUUGUGUAUGUGGGCAAUCAGCGAUGACCUCACAAUACAAAGCCAACAUAAACUGUAAUGGCGACCGCGCAAAUGAGCUCCGCUUUCGUGGGCAAGAAUGUCCUGCAAUUGUUUGUUAUUUAUACACGCGCGCGCCGGCGACGCCAGUUUCAAGUUCAAGAACUACAAAAGCCCGAGAACGAAAGCGUAUACGGGAUUACUAUGCAGAUGAAAAGCCCUCAGCACAGCAUUUGCACGAGGAGAUGCUCAAAGCCAAGCUGCAGUACAGCCAACAGUCUAAGCAGCAGCACAUAAUCACUCCAAAUCCCUCGGACACAGAAGAUGACGCCGAGACACCACCCUGCAAGAAACAGCGCUUGGAAUUGCCACAGCCCGUAGCUGCAUUAACGCCGCCGCCAGAAACACAGAAACAAGUACAAACACAAGAGCAACAACAAACACAGCGCGUUAGCGUUAUUAUGCAUGUGAACAGCUCGGGCAUUUGUUCCGCCAUCGACGAGAACUCGUGCUCCUCCACCAUUUCCAGCGCCUCCGCCGCGUCCACCACAACCACCACCAGCAACAGCAGCAGUACAGUCUCGCAAGCACCGCUGCUGACCUCCGAUGACGACUGCAGCGAAACCAAUGUGUGGCGCAGCUUGAAGUUCAAGAUGAAUCGUACGCGUUGCAGCAGUUUCUCGGCGCCGGCGUCCGUGCAGCAGCCACAACAGCAACCAGAACAAAAAGAGCAAAGCGAAUCCAAACUGGAUUUGGCGCAAACACACUUCCGCUUCACGCUGCCGGCUGUCCAAACAACCGUUAGCGCAGCACAGCAACAACAACAAAUGUACACCACCACACCGCCACAGUAUCAAGUAAUUGCACCGAAAAGUAUUUACCUAACACCCGCGGCGACACGCGCGUCCAGCAACGGCAGCGCGCCCAACGCCACCACAGUCAUUCCCGCGCAAUUGUUGGUGCUGAACGCCAGCAAUGGCCUGCUACAAAACGUCACCGGCAAUCCAUCCAUCGCCGCGGCCAGCAGCACACCAGCCGCAACGCCCGUACACAAAAUGACAGCAGCGCAAAUUGCCGCCGAGCGUCGACGCAUUUACGUCUGCGAGUAUCCGAACUGCGGCAAGAACUACUUCAAGUCCAGCCACCUGAAGGCGCAUCAGCGCGUGCACACCGGCGAGCGGCCGUUCAUCUGCAAGUGGGAGAACUGCGAUAAGCGCUUCUCGCGCUCCGACGAGCUGUCGCGUCACAAGCGCACCCACACCGGCGAGAAGAAGUUCGUCUGCAGCGUCUGCCAGAAGAAGUUCAUGCGCAGCGAUCACUUGUCCAAGCACAUCAAGCGCCAUGGCAAGGAUAAGGCGAACGGCGUGAACCGCAAUGUUGCCGCCGCUACAAUGGCAGCCGCAGUAGCGGCCGCCGCCGCUGCCGCAACCGCCUGUGGCCAACAACAGCAACCUGCCGUCGUAACGCCAGCUGGCGCUCACAGUGGCACAACUCACUUGCGUCCAAUUGCACCAGCGUGCAGCGCGCCUUUGACAGCGAAGCACGCGCCACUCGCCGCCGCCACGUCCACAGCAGCCAGUAACGGCGCCGCUCUGCAGCUGCAAGUCUGCAGCGCCGGCGACUUGUUGCGUCUGCAGCAGGUGGGCGCGUUGCCGACCGCCUUCACCACGCUCAUCGCCGACCAGCAGCAAAUGCAGGUGCAACAACAACGUUAAGCGCUCACAAUUAACACCGUCUAGUGGCAGCAGAACAAAUUGCCCGGGCAUUGGGAUUUAGCAGUCAAGCGUCCGUCAUUCCAAACUCAUAUUAAUUUAAAACAACAAAAACA